AUGACACUAGCUAAGCAAAUUCUUUUCGGUAACACAGGUAUCAAAAUCUCACCAAUUAUUAUUGGUUGUAUGUCCUAUGGUAGCAAAUCAUGGUCAGAAUGGGUGGAAGGAGAUAAAGAAAAAGUUUUCGCAAUUUUAAAACAUUGUUAUGAUAAUGGUUUACGUACUUUCGAUACAGCCGAUGUCUAUUCUAAUGGUAAGAGUGAAAGAUUAGUUGGUGAAUUUCUAAAAAAGUACAACAUCAGAAGGGAAACUGUUGUAAUCAUGACCAAGGUCUUUUUUGCUACUGAUGAAACCUUACCCUUAACUGCUGACCGAGCUAGCAGGGAUGAUUUGACUAAAUUGGAUUUAGUUAAUAGUGAAGGGUUGUCACGUAAGCAUAUUUUAGAUGCUGUCAAGAAGUCUGUUGAGAGAUUAGGAACAUAUAUUGAUGUCCUUCAGAUUCAUAGAUUCGAUUCCCAAACUCCGAUUAAAGAGACAUUGAGAGCCUUAAACUAUGUGGUGGAAAGUGGCGAUGUCAGAUACAUAGGUGCUUCAUCUAUGUUACCUACUCAAUUUGUCGAAAUGCAAUUAACUGCCGACAAAUAUAACUGGCAUCAAUUUGUUAAUGUACAAUCAUGUUAUAACUUAUUAUACAGAGAGGAUGAGAGAGACUUGAACCAAUUCUGUAAAAGACAUAACAUUGCUUUAACCCCUUGGUCCCCUCUACAACGUGGUAUUUUAACAAGGCCUGUCAAGGAUAAGAACACAACCAGAUAUACGGCAGACAAAUUAAUUGAAGUCAGACAUCUAAACUCUUUAGAAGACAAUGAAGUUCAAAUAGUUAAUCGUGUAGAAGAAUUAUCCAAGAAAAAGAAUGUACCUAUGGCUGCCGUUGCUACUGCUUGGUCAAUCGCUAAGGGUUGUCAACCAAUUUUGGGAUUAAGUUCUGUUGAACGAGUUGAUGAUGCCUUAAAGGCAUUAAGUAUUGAAUUGUCUCCUGAAGAAAUAAGUUACUUAGAGGAGCCAUAUAGACCAAAAAACUUUAUGUUUUAA